AUGAUGAUGAGCACACGCAGUGAUGAUGGGGGUGAAGACAGCUCGCCGCUGUUGAGGCAGCAGCUGCAGACUGUUGGUGAAGGUGUUGGAGAGGCCGGCACCGUCGAUGCUCGCACAAGCAGCUAUGUGAACGCUGUUCGGAACACACAGCAGCACGCUGCAGCGCCGAAUGCACACCAUGCAGCUGCCGUCAGUGCUGAUGCGACACGGCAGUACUCCGAACACACAGAGCAGCAGCAAGCAGCACACGCAAAGCAGGGGAACACACAGAAGAGAGGCACGUAUGAGCGAGAAGAUGAGGGAAAGGAAGGUCGCUACAUCUUGACAGAGGACGAGUGCUAUGAGACGGAGGGACCUUCGCCUGCAGACUUAGCAUCCUGGUGGGGCCGAACAGCGUACACGUACGGCAAACCGCUCAUCGACAUCGCUGCAAAGGGACCCGUGAACCUGAAGCACCUGCCACCGCUGGCCAAGCACGAUAACAUCGACUACACCGUGGGCCGGCUCGAGAAGGCGUGGAAUGAGGAAAAGCAGAGGAAGCAAGGCGCUGGCGGCGGCAAGGGCCGUCCCAGUCUGAUGCGCGCCGCUGCUCGUGCACACUUGACGGAGAUCAUCAUAUCCGGCUUCCUCGCUGUGGGAGAGAGCCUGGCGUACAUUGUGCAGCCCAUUCUCCUGCGCUUGCUCGUAGCGUGGAUCCAGGAUGAGGAUGCCAAGGACUACGGCACAGGGUUUGGGCUGGCGAUUGGGCUUGUGCUCUUCUCCAUCUUCCAGGCCGUCGUGCACCACUUCCUGUACUUCUACACCAUGCGCAUGGGCUGGAACCUUCGCAUUGGCUUCAUUGGGCUCGUGCACAAGAAGCUGUUGAGCCUCAGCACCAGCACCGUAGCCGCGUUCUCCCCUGGCAAGGCAGUCAACCUCAUCUCCACUGACGUGUUACGUUUCGACACUUAUCUCCCGAGCCUCCACUUUAUCUGGACCAGCCCGCUCGAAGUCAUCGUCUGCACCGUCCUCAUCAUCAACCAGGUUGGCGUGGUGCCUGGGUUUGCCGGCAUUGGCGUGCUCAUCUUGUCCAUGGGCCUGAUGAUCUGGUUUGGCCAAGUGUUUGCUCGCCUACGCAAGCGAACCGCCAUGCGCACAGACAAGCGCGUUCGCCUCACAUCCGAGGUUCUCUCUGCGAUGCUCUCCGUCAAGGCGUACGCAUGGGAAAUGCCAUUCAGUCAAAAAAUCAAUGAACUGCGCAAUCGCGAGGCCAAGACGAUUCUUGCCUCACAGUACAUGAAGGCUGCCAACGCCAGCAUGUACUUCUCCGCUCCAGCUCUCGCUGCACUUGUGACAUUCUCCGUGAUGUGGGUGCGUGACGAGCCGCUGGAGCUGCCGAGUGUUCUAUUUGUGCUGUCGCUGCUACAAGUGCUUCGCUUGGGGCUCGGCAAGAAGUUCUCAAGAACAAUGGAGAGCGGACCAGAGGCGAUUAUUGCACUGCGCCGCCUGCAGGAGUUCCUCCAACUCGCAGAGCUGAAGGCCCUCCCAACAUCACCGCCUUCUUCAUCGUCAUCGCGACAGGAGCAGGGUACGAAUGCCGGAAAGGCGAACGGGACCGCUCGCUCUGAGUAUAACACGAUGACCACCACAGCAGAAAAAACUUCAACAAAUGCAGCAGCAGCAGCAACAACAGCAACAACAGCAGCAGCAGCAGCAACAGCAACAGCGGCAACAACAGCGGCAACAACAGCGGCAACAACAGCAGCGUUGGCAUCAUCGUCGUCUUCGCCGUCACCACCGCUGCUGCUGCUGGAGAAUGCGCGCAUCUGGUGGGACGAUCCCAGCAGCACGUUUGAACUUGGCGGCGUGACCAUCAGGGCCGACCGGCCGCAGCUCAUCGCCAUCACGGGCGCUGUUGGUGCGGGCAAGUCCACGCUUCUCGCUGCGCUUGCUGGGGAGGCGCUAACUGCUCCGCCGCCAACAACCGCUGGCGGUAUGGCGUACGCCCCACAGCAGCCGUGGAUCUUCUCGGGCACCCUGCGCUCGAACGUGCUGUUCACGCGGGCCAUGGACACGAAGCGGUACACGGCCGCCAUCGCCGCGUGUGCCCUCGAGCGCGACAUUGAGCUGCUCCCCGCGGGUGAGGACACGGAGAUUGGCGAGAAGGGCGUGAACCUCUCUGGCGGGCAGAAGGCGCGUGUUGGUCUGGCUCGCUGUAUGUACUCGGAUGCGGGGGUGGUGCUGCUUGACGACCCGCUGGCGGCGGUCGAUCCCGACGUCGCCGAGCACCUGUUCACGCGCGCCAUCGCCCCCAUGAGCAAGACACGCAUUGUCGUGCUGGUGACGCACCACCCGCACUUUGCGGCGCAGGCAGACGUGGUGUAUGCUGUUGACGGCGGCCGCGUUCGGCGCGUGAGUGCAGACGAAUUUGCCCGCAUGACAAGCGCCAACAGCGGCGAUGGGGUGCUGGCCACUCGAAAGAAGGAGAACGUGGACGACGAAGGAAAGCACGCGAAGGACAGGGACGCAAGCAAGACUGCUGUUGGGGGCAAGGCUGGUGGUGAUACUGAUGGUGGUGAUGAUGAACCAAAGAAGGAACGGCGCACGUCAAAGCUCGUGAUGGAGGAGGAGCGUGGCGUGGGCGUGGUGUCGGCCAGAACGUAUUGGCUGUACAUGAAAUCGGCAGGCGCUUUUCUCGCUGUCUUCGUCCUCGCAAACUUCUUCCUGUCGCAGGGUUUGCUGAUGGUGACCGACUUCUGGCUGCAGCGGUGGGCACGACAGGACGAAGCAGAUCAGCAGGAUGCAACAAACGUGCACACAUAUGUUGGGCUUGGCAUCUCCACCACCGCCUUUUCUCUUCUCGGCUCGAUUCUGUUCUUCGUGGCUGCGACGCGGUCCAACAGCACGCUACACCACCGGGCGCUGGCCUCCGUCCUCAACGCUCCGCUGGGCUUCUUCUCCGCAAAUCCGCUCGGCCGCAUCCUCAACAGAUUCGCAUCAGAUCUGGGCCAAGUGGACGAGAUGCUGCCGCCAUUCGCCUUCAACAUGCUGCAACUGCUUGCCGUGUGCUUGGGCUCGCUCGUGUUCGCGUGUGUUGCUGUUCCCUGGAUUGCCAUUGGCGUGCUUCCCCUCUUCUAUCUCCUUGCCAGGAUCCGCCAGCGCGCCGCCCGUCCGCUCCGGGACCUCAAACGCCUCGACGGUACAAGCCGCUCGCCGGUGUAUGCUGCGUUUUCGGCGUCCCUUGCCGGGCUGACGUGCAUUCGCGUAUUCCAGAAGCAGCGCGAUGUGCACGCCGCUUUUCUUCGUCUGCUCAAAACAAACUCAAACGCCUGGUUCUGGUGGCUCAUUGUGAACCGGUGGCUUGGCUUCCGGCUUGAUCUUCUGAGCACGACCGUUGUUGGCGCCACAAGCAUCCUCGGCGUUGCGCUCAAGGGCCACAUUGAGGCCGGCCUGCUUGGCCUGGCUCUCGUGUACACGCUCUCCCUCAGCGGCGUGUUCCAGUACAUGGUCCGGUUGUCUGCGCAGGUGGAGACGUUCAUGACGAGCGUGGAGCGCUUGCAUCAUUACAUCUCCGACAUUCCGCAAGAAGAAGAUACAAUUGCCCGCGUUGCCCCAGCAGAUCCGCCACCACCCGCCCCGCUGGCACCAGCAGCGUGGCCUGUCAACGGCGACAUCACAGCAAAGGCGCUGUGCAUGCGCUAUCGCGACACCAUGCCCGACGUGCUCCACAACCUCACCUUCCACAUCCCCGCCGGGUCAAAGGUUGGACUGAUUGGACGCACCGGUAGCGGGAAGAGUUCCCUGGCACAGACGCUGUUUGGCCUUGGCGUGAUUAGUGGCGGGCACCUUGAAAUUGACAACAUCGACACUCUGCAAGUCGCCCGAACGACACUGCGUGGUGGGUUGAGCCUGAUUCCACAGGAGCCGAAUCUGUUCAGCGGGUCGCUGCGCUUCAACCUCGAUCCCUUUUCGCAGCACUCAACCGAUGACAUUCGCGCCGCCCUCGCUGCCGUGCAGCUCAAUUCCCUCGAUAUUGACAUGCAGGUGCAAGAAGGCGGAGGCAACUUUAGUGUUGGGCAGAAGCAGCUGCUGUCGAUGGCGCGCGCUGUACUUCGUCGCUCCCGUGUUGUUGUUCUGGAUGAGGCCACGGCAAACGUUGACUACAACACAGACGCCCUCAUCCAAGACACGCUGCGCAACCAUGCGAGCUUCAAGGAGUGCACGCUGAUUGUGAUUGCUCACCGCCUGCAGACGAUUCGCGAUGCAGACAUGAUCAUUGAGCUCGAUGGAGGUCCGUACGCAACCGAGAGUUGA